GAAGCCUCGUUGGUCACAACACUGGGAGGGAGGGAUAAUAACCUUUUCCCGACGACCCCACUGCCCUGCUCAGCUGAGGGGGUGGAGGAGGUGAAUGCUCUACUGCAACGAGUGAAUGGCAUCGUCUGGCGAGCUCGAGAGAAAGGAAUAGUCGGAGACCAACAGGCCAGAGUGCUCCUUCAUCCUGAGAUGGCUCUGUCCGUAUUCACAGACUUCGGCCGUUUAGUGACAGCUCUGGCGCCUCAUGACACCGACCGUCUCGGCGAGCUGAUACUAGUCGAUUCCCCGUCACCAGAUGGGAGGUUGUUUGAUGCCAAUUCGAUAUCGCAGAUGGUUCGACUGCAGGCGCGGCAGUCAGAUGGGAUGGUACUAGUCGUUGAUGCAUCACGACAUCCGAACGCUGGGGAUUUCCCAUCGCUGAUGAAGCUCUUGAAGGGCAUUGAAGGAGACGGUUGUCUGAGGCCAGAGGAUCUGUGGGUCAUUGGCAACUGUGUGGACAGACUGUCCGGGUUCAACCUGCCAGAUGGGGGUGACAUGCAUACUUGCGAUAUUGUGAGGUCCUCGCUGGAGGAGGGUUUCGCGUCCAUCCUGCCCUCGAGCUGUGGUGAUGCAGUGAAUUGCUUGGCUGCAUCAGCGAGGUUGGCUGGUCUGGCAGUAUACGGUAAGUGGAAGGUGCGUGCUAUAGUUGGACGGGACGGUAGGAGGAAGUCCAGGACUACCAUCACUGAUAAGGACCUGAUAGAGCUACGGACGCUGCCUUGUUUUGCCAAUGUCGCCUCUGCACUUUACGGCAUUCACUGGGUGGAGGCUCUUCGGAGUAUGUCGUUGAAGUGUUGGGAGAAGGAGAUGGGGAUCUUGAUGGGCCGAGGCAGAGUUGGAGGUCCGGUAGCAGCAUCCAUCUUGGGCAAGGCGUGUACAUCCAUGAUGGCUCGUAGCAUUAGACUGACGCUACACCAACUGCGCUCUCUGGUUGGUGAUUUCACCGAGGAGAUCAAGGCCUUGUCCAAGAUGGGUGAUCGCCAUUGUAGCGACAACACGACCGAGCUCCGUGCAGCUUUCGUCACGUUUAUGGCUGACGUCGAAAGCGUGAGUCAUUUUAUUUUCGUAUCGUAUAUGUGUUCCUCUACUAGAAAGUGGAUGCGGCGUUCGAGGAGAUGCGAGGGGGAGAGGAAUGCUGCAGAGAAGUGUUGGAAGAGAUGGUAA